CCUACCCGAGAACUGAUGACGUAGAGCCCAACACCUCAGAGUCACCCGUCAUAAACGAUGCAGGACGUGGCGUCACAAUGACCACGAACCCAAAGAUGACAAACCUUAGCCCGGAGGAUAUUUUUGCAGACGUCGACGGUUGUGACCCACGCAGCAACGGCAGGUGUAGGAGGGAUAAUGACAACGACAAAAACAACGACAAUAGCCGCGACAACAGCAACGACAAUUACAAUGCGGGUAGCAGAGGGCCCGAGGAAGCAGACACAGAGUACCAGCGACUGUGCAAAGGUCUGUCUCUGUGUGUGGCCUACGCCGCCAACACUGGGGGGAUCGCCACUCUGACGGGGACCCCGCCCAACCUGGUCUUGUCCGGACAGGCGGACAGCUUCGCCGAGGUCAUGACCCUAAUCCUGUUCGUGUGCCUUGUGUUAUUGUGGUUGUCAAGGCAACCAGAGUUUGUUUCCGGCUGGGGUGAUCUAUUUCGGGAAGAUUACGUCAGUGACUCUACGUGCGCUGUUCUGAUUGGCUGUUUGCUGUUUGUGGUGCCUGCUGAGAGGCCCAGGGUGUUCUGUUGGAGAGUGACCGCUGUGACGUCACCAGGUGAAGGCCAGCCAGCCAGCUACAGGCCCCUGCUCAGCUGGAAGGUUGCUCAAGACAAGCUGCCCUGGGGGAUCAUGCUACUGCUGGGGGGAGGCUUCGCUGUGGCCAAGGCUUGUACUAAAUCCAAGCUCUCUGAUUGGCUGGGCGACCAGUUGGCGACGUUUGACAGCCUGGACCCCUGGUUGCUGAACCUGGUGAUCUGCGUCAUUGUUGCCAUGGCAACAGAAGUGACCAGCAACACGGCCACAGCCACGCUUCUCAUGCCGGUCACCUUCCAACUG